CUAUUUACAUGGAGUACAGUUAUUGUUGUCGAUCAACAUCAUGUUCAUCGAAUAAUUACAAUAAUGCAACGAAAAAUAUAACAUCAUCACCAUUACAUUCAUCAUAUGCAUCAAGUCCAUUCGAUAAUUCACUGUUACCAAUUGUUCCAACUACAAAUGUAAAAAACCUAAAUAAAACAAGAACAUCUACAUGGUCAACCAAACGAAAACCAGUAAAAUCGGAUGUUAAUAUAAAUGCAUCUCCACAAAGUACACCAAGUCAGAUUAUCCCACGUAAAAAAAUUCGUGAUAUACCAGUAUUCUGA